CUUCUCCUUCACCCCCCUCUCCUUGUUUCUUCCGUCCGACGGCUGGUCCGCCUAGCUCGCUCAGUCGACUCCAGUCUUCCACUUUCUUUCAGUCUCUUCUUCUCAUCCCCUGUGCCCUGGCGGACAUGGCUGCUGUCAACAUGCAAUCGAUGCCCCAAGGUGUAUUCGAUUUCGUCCCCCUCAACCACCCACACUCUCGCUCCAAUUCUGCUUCUUCUGUUUCUACUCAUUCGCCUAAUUCCCGCCCUCAGUCUUCUCAGAGUGGCGCUACCCGCAUCCCGACAGGAAUGCCCGCUGUGGUGGACGAUCCCUAUCGCAUGGCCUACAACAUGGGUCACGAUGCUAUACGUAUGCCAGCUGGUUACUCGCUUCCCACAAACGAUAUGGGACAUAUCCGUCAAACCCAUCUUCGUGCUCGUGCAGCCGCUUCUCCCUACCCUCGUGAUACCGAGAGCGUCCAUUCGUCUUCCAGCGAAACCGAGGAUAUUUCGAUGUUUUUGCCAAACCCUCCCGACUAUUCUAAUCUCUAUGGGCACCCUCAGCAUCUGCCUCCUAAUCAAGAUACCGUCCCAACUGCCGGACACUAUGGGCGGAUGUCGCUCAGCCCUGACCAUGCACUUGAAAAACUCGCCGCCAACGUACGCGUGGCCACUACAACCAGUGCUUCGGAUAGGGCCAAGCAAAUUUUUGUACAGGCUUGGUUGACCGCAAACUACGCGCCUUACCCUGACGGGAACGUGCCUCGUCAGGGACUCUAUUUCUCUUAUCGACGAGUCUGCGACCAGUAUGGUAUUCCUCACAUCAACACUGCGACUCUUGGGAAGGCUAUCAGACUCUGUUUCCCGACGAUAAAAACUAGGCGUUUGGGUGUGCGCGGAAACAGCAAGUACCAUUACUGCGGAAUCCGUCCCGCGACUUCGGCGGAAGCCGAGUGGCUCCAGGACUACAUUCGCAAGUCCAACAACAACGCUGGCCAGCAGUCUAUCAAUGCCGCUCGUGCGGCACAAGAAGCAAACGAUACUACCAAAGGCGAGGAUCGCUCCGACGAAGAUGACGAAGAUGAUUCGGAAGGCUCUAGCGCAUCGAAACGCAACUCUCUCACUCUCUCGGGUGAUCUCAAGGCUACACUCUACGAGGAACCCAGCGAUAAAACUCCCACUGCUGCUAGCCUCCUCUCUCAAGCUCAAGCAGCUGGUCGCAGCAACUCCUAUCCUGCUCAUGCUUCCAUCCGCAGGCACACCGGCCAAGCCGAGUCUGGCCUCGCAGUCCCUCCUGGAUCAUCCAUCAUGUCUGGUACUGGUUCUUCAGUCCCGGUGAUGGGUGCCCAGCACUUGUCGGUUCGUCACAUGCCUCACUUCCCGUCAAUCGAGGAGGCUGUAGGGACGAACUCAGCAUCGCCCCAAGCUAUGGCUGCCCGCGAAGUUUGGGGCUGGUUCCAAGACCAUCUUGAUGCUCUUUUGGACAGCGUGCGCUCUUUCCGCGUCGAUCAGUUUGAGAUGCAUCUCCGCACAUUCUGGUCGAGCUUAACAGGGAACCAUCGGGAAAUUGUUCAUGCGCCUGCGAUUGCUGGAUUGAUGGCUAGGGCGGAUGCUAUUCUUUACGAUGAAAUCCUCGAGUUCUUGAGGUCUCAGAUGUUGUCUAUCAUUUCCACAUCCGCUUUGAACGGCUUGCGCCAGCUUGCUAACAAGAUGGAGAAGAUUUUGUUGUUUGCCUUAGAGGGCUAUGGGAACACCUUUUGUGAGCCAAAAGUAGAGCUUGGAGCAAGAUUUGGACACCUCGUUUUGCGGUUCCUCGACAUAUACCAGGUUACACAAGCCUUGAAUACCGUGUUGACGAACCCGAAACAACUCGCUGAGAUGCGUCGCUCUUGGCAGAAGGUCGACUUUGAGUCUGUUCGCAAUCAGUCCGCCUUGGUUUGCAACUGUCGUCACGAGGAUUUGAUUCAGCUGCUCGAGGUUGAGUUCGUUUCGAUGUUGGACAACUUGACGAAGAGUAGUGAGCCUGUCCGGGAAGUGAUGACCUGGGCGGACAAGUGCUGCGAAAGGCUGAUGGGCCAGCGAUUUGGAGGCAAUGAUGAAAGGAGUACCAUGAGCUCAAGAAGUGUCCUUAUUCGUUGGGGUUAUGUCACGAGUCAAGUUAUGCGCGAUUUGACUAUUCGUAGCGAUCCCGCGUUUGGCGCCUUCCAGAUCAUGAAACUCUUCCUGGAUGACUGGAUUGCUGUCAACGUUCUUCGAAGCGUCGCACUGUCAACGAAUUCAGUAGCGGCAUCUGUAGAACCAGUCAUGCAGCAGCAAUUCUUCGCUCUUUCGCCAAUGUCUGGGCAAGAUAAUUUUGGAUCCAUGGACUCCCGCCCAACGUCGCAUCAAUCGAUGAGUCACACACCUACAACUUCCAGCAUGCUUGCAGCUCUUCAACACGAUUCAUUUACGGCUGGUUCAUUGGAUAACUCUGCUUCCGCAUUCAAUUCUGAUGGUUACCCUGGCAUCCCCUUCAUGGACACAUCCGUUCCAUCGGAAGAAUCUGUACCAUCCGUUCAUCAGCCUGGGCUGACCUUUUCUGACUUUGCGGCUAGCAGCAACUUUGAUGUCUCUUCCUUCACGACUCAAGAUCUAGGAAUCACGCCUUCUAGCGGGACUGGUACGGCAGAACCUGAACAAGAUUCCGAGGGCGUGAAAGCUGAGGCUGCGUCCUAAAUGCUUCCUGGAAUUGCCUUCUUUUUACAUCCAUUUCUUGGACGAUAUAUAUGCUGAUCUCCGCACUCCUGUGUUUUUGUCCAUAAUUCUUUUCCUGACUGUAUUGACCACUUGCUUUUCAGUACCUCGCUGUCCUUCCUUCUCUCCCCCCUUACUGUAUCGGUUUUGUUUGGCUGGUCGAAUAAUAUUUUCCGCGUACUUCACCCGGACAAACUCAGUUUGCAGGUAUUAGUACGCUAAUAACAUAUGCUGGGUGUAUAAAAAUGUCCCUAAUAUCAUAACCACACUGAAAUCCCUCUACGAAGCUGCUUCCUCCUUGACUUCCUCAAGCUUCUCAACUACCUCGUCACUCGGCACUGCAGUAUCAACGGUAUCUUGAUUACGAGGCGUUGCGGCAGGCUCAGCCGGAUGUUCACCGCCACCGUUCGGAGGAGUAACCUCAGAAUUACCGGUUGGAGGAUCAACCUUGCUUUCUGUCUUCGCACUAUUCAGAAGUCGCUGGAUAUCGGCCUCGGCUUUUAAGACAUUUUCAGCGGUAACACGAGCUUGAUUGGCCUCGAACCAAGCCUUCUUUGUCUCGAGGUCUUCCACGACGCGAGGAAUGUCUGCAGAAGAUGAUGGGGGUGGGAUAGAAAGAGACAGCAGCGCGGAGAGUGUGGUUAGAGGGAGGUUGAGUUGCGAGCUGGGCGCAUCCGGCUCGGCAGUGGUUUUAGUGUUGCCUUUCUUGCCCUUCCUCGCCUUGCCCUUGCCCACAAAGUAACUUUCCUCGUCUUCGCCCUUUUUCUUCCGCAUAACAAGACCCUCCUCAGCUGCGUCAACCUUCCUGAGUUCCAACUUGGGUACACCAGCAACAUCAGACUUGGCGGGUAGAGAGUUGGUCGAAAGUGCGCUCGUGUUGCUAGAUUUGCCGCACAGCACAUCGAUUAGAGUCUGACAGUCCUCAAUCUGAGCCUGGAACGCAGGGACAGUAGCCUCUUCGCGGAGCCUUUCAGCGGCCUCCUGCUUCUUCUGAGCCUCUUCGGCAGCACGUUGGGCUCGUGCACGCUCAGCCCUGCGCGCACGGUCUUCGUUGACCUUGGCGUAAUAGCGAUCGUUAGCUUCCCUGAACCUCUGCGCAGACUCGCGCUUCUCAGUGAUGAGAGUCUUGAUUUCAGACUGAAGAGCAUCGCGUUCCUGGAACAGCGCGUUACGGCUGGCGUAAGCUUCAUCCGCCUCUUUCUUCAACUCGUCGAGUUCUGCUUUGAUGGCAUCGUAUCGGUCCGAGACAGCCUUGGCUUCGGGGUCGUCAAGCUUCUGACGCAGUUCAUCUGCAGCACGACGGUCGGCUUCAAUAGCAUCCUGGUCUGCCUGGAAGUGCUCGACAACGCGGCGAGAGCGCUUGGUCUGACUGAUCUCCUGAAGAGCUCGCUUUUCGUCGGCGAGCUUCAUGUUACCAGAAUCGACUUGUUUCUCAAGAUUCUUAAUGUGGGCAUCUACCUCUGCGACACUUUUGAAUGGUGUCUUACCCUUCGCGGCUUGCAAAUCUUUGAUCUUCUUUUGGAUACCCUCCUGCAAAGACUUCAAUUGCUCAAAUAUCUUGCCACGCGAAUUCUUGUUAGUAGAUUGUUGAUCGCGAAUACCAUCGAGCUCGGAGCGUAGAGCUGUCCGCCGCUCGCUUCCGGGGCCAUUACUGGUGGCGAGCGAGAUUUUUUCUCUCACUGCGUUAAGUUUAGCUUGAUUCGCGUCAAUUUUACCCUUGAUCUUCUCUUGCUCUGCAUCGUAUACAGCCUUGUCGGGCCUGCUGGACGCGGAGUAGGUGGCCGGCUCGGGAGAUGGGUUUUUUGAUGCAGCAGCAGAAGCGCCUGCCUUGGAUUUGGCAGCUCCCGCGUUGGCGGUAGACUUGGUCUGGGAAGGCAUGGGUCAAUGGAGGGUGGG